UAAGAACGAAGGGGGCGGCGGCCCGCCGGCUCACUUGGUGCAGCUGCUCGGGGGCUGUAGUGACCGUCCCGCUCCUGUUGGGGGCUGCCCACACCAAGGACCUGCCUCUGUCGUCUCCUCCUCCGUCGCUCAGUUUCCCUGGCAAGAACAUCCCCCAAGAUGGCAGAGGAGAGCAACAGUACCAGGGACUGUGUGUCCUUCAGCGUGCUCAACUGGGAUCAGGUCAGCCGGCUGCAUGAGGUCCUGAAUGAGGUCGUACCCAUCCACGGGCGAGGCAACUUUCCGACCUUGGAGAUAACUCUGAAGGACAUUGUCCAGACCGUCCGCAGCCGGCUGGAGGAGGCAGGCAUCAAAGUGCAGGAUGUCCGGCUGAACGGCUCUGCCGCUGGCCACGUCUUGGUCAAAGACAACGGCUUGGGCUGCAAAGAUCUAGACCUAAUCUUUCACGUGGCUCUUCCCACCGAGGUAGAAUUUCAGCUGGUCAGGGAUGUGGUUCUGUGUUCCCUUCUGAACUUCCUGCCGGAGGGUGUGAACACACUCAAAAUCAGCCCGGUCACUCUGAAGGAGGCCUAUGUGCAGAAGCUGGUGAAGGUGUGCACAGACUCCGACCGCUGGAGCCUCAUCUCCCUCUCCAACAAGAAUGGGAGGAACGUGGAGCUGAAGUUCGUCGACUCCAUCCGGCGUCAGUUCGAGUUUAGCGUGGACUCCUUCCAGAUCAUCCUGGAUUCUUUGCUCUUCUUCUACGACUGCUCCAGCCAGCCCAUCUCUGAGCAGCUCCACCCCACAGUGAUCGGGGAGAGCAUGUACGGGGACUUCGAGGAGGCCUUCACCCACCUGCAGAACAGACUGAUUGCCACCAAGAACCCAGAAGAGAUCAGGGGCGGGGGGCUGCUCAAGUACAGCAACCUCCUCGUGCGGGACUUCCGGCCCACAGACCAGGAGGAGAUCAAAACUCUCGAGCGCUACAUGUGCUCCAGGUUCUUCAUCGACUUCCCGGACAUCCUGGAACAGCAAAGGAAGUUGGAGACCUACCUUCAAAACCACUUUGCCGAAGAAGAGAGGAGCAAGUAUGACUACCUCAUGACCCUGCGCAGGGUCGUGAAUGAGAGCACCGUGUGCCUCAUGGGGCACGAGCGGAGGCAGACCCUGAACCUCAUCUCCCUCCUGGCCUUGCGCGUGCUGGCCGAGCAGAACAUCAUCCCCAGCGCCACCAACGUCACCUGUUACUACCAGCCAGCUCCUUAUGUCAGCGACGGCAACUUCAACAACUACUACGUUGCCCAACCUCCAGUGACCUACAGCCAGCCCUACCCUACCUGGCUGCCCUGCAACUAACCUUGAGACCGGAGGGUUUUCACAGUGGGAACCCCCAUAGGGCAAGGGCUCUCAGGUAGGGGAGCCUCCUUCUAGAUGUAGGUGUUUGGCUUUUAAAGGGGAACUCAGCUCUGAUUCUGCUUUUUUGUGUGUGUGUACCCAUUGGAAUGGGUCUGCAGUACAUCGUGAGCCAGCCCUGAAGGGACCCAUUAUUCCAGUGCCACUUUGGAAAAUGCUGUAGGAAGUAUGGUCUGUCCACAUCUUUCCCACAUAGCCGCUAACAGGUCAUGUCCCAGACGUCAGCGCAGGGGACCUGAGCUCUGUGCGGGAAUUGAGAGGGGGAACUCUGGGCGGCGUAGAGUAGUCAGCUACUUGUCUGCUCGCUCGAGCCUGGAGCAGGCUCUGCUGGCCCUCACUCAGGGUUCUCAGUUACAUGAAAGUUGUGUGGAUGGUCUAUUUUCUUGUAUCAAUUUUAGUCAGGCAUAAAAUUGUAAACAUGAGGGUGCUCCUGUGACUUAAUUUUUUUUUUGGUUCAAAGGACUACAUUGUUUAUGUUUAUUCCCUGUCAGCAGAGCUGAGGAUUAUUUUCAUCAAUAAACCAAAGCCUAUAACUGGAGAAUUAAGAUCUGGUUAGAAGUGGUUUAUGGUUUAGAUGCUGUGCUAUCAUGAGAAAUUGUGUGAAAUAUUGCUGAGGGGGGAAAAGAAGAUCUUUUCUUGAAGUAUAACUUGAAAACAAAAUAAAAUGUGCAACAUAAUGUUAAAAUAGAAUUGUGGUGGGGAUGAUGUAAAUAGGAAACAGGAAUGUUCAGUUGUUGUUUUUUCUUGAAGAAAUUCCUAUUGGAUAACACUUCUUUUUUCCUCAUCAGCUCAUCGCUUUUGUUUUUCUCUUCCUAAGACUAGGAGUGUGCUAAGUCUAGGGGGUCCUCGUAGUAACUGACCUGUGAGGGUCUUCCCGUGUUUUAAUUGGAAACCCAUUUUGAUCACAUUCCAAGUAUGACAAGCUGUUUUUCUGGAGUACUUGGGCUGAUUUGUUGUUGUUGUUUUCAAAAGGAGCGAUUUCCUCCUCUAGGUGUUUUUUUUGUUUUUUUGUUUUUUUGGGCAGCCAAUGAGUCCCGGAAUUUCAGUAGAACUGAGUGACCUGUGGGUGGUCCGCGCUUGCGGGCAGAGCUCUUUGGCUUCCGGUUGCUUUAGAAAAGAACCCGCUGUCCCUGUGCUGUGCGUGAGGUGCAGGCCUGGCGUCCGGUCGGGCCUGUGUGCAACGGCAGGGCUGAGGCACCUUGCGUGGUCCUCUGGUGUAUUUGCGGGAAGAACUGAGUGAAUGAAGAAGAAUUAUCCUUGUUCUGGUAGAUUCGACCAUACCUGUUUGUAUUCUGCACUUUAGAAGGAAAACAGUAUUAAUCUCUAGUCUAAAGCAAGCUUAGUAAAUGGGGGAGUUCUGGGCUGUUGCUUUCCCGGUAGAUUAAAUAAGGGAUUUUGUGUUUUGAAACUUUUUGUGCGUUCUCUUAGCAAGCAUCACUUUAGGGUGUCAAGGGCAAAGAAACAAAGUGUUGCCAGCCAGCUUGGUUUCUGAAGUUAUUCAGUCUAACCCGUGGUCCCGAUUUUAAAUUUCUCCUGUAGCCAUAAAAAUCCCAAGCCCUGAGUGAUUGCUUUUCCUUGCUUUAAUAAGCAAUGAAGUUACCUUAAUGCAAAAUAUGCUUAAUAGAAAAGGAGUGGUUUGCUCUUUUCUGAAGAUUGUAUUUUCAAAGUUUUUCCUGGAAUGUGAUGUUUUGGUCUCCUGAAAAGCAGAUGGGGCAUAGCUGAGCCCCAGGGCUUAGCUGGUCUCCAGGUUGUGCUGUAUUAGGUGAAUAGAAGCCACUUCUUAGUGUAACCAGCUCCUGUUUCCCUGUGAGCCAGUCAUAUUUAAAUUCACUGGCUUUGAGUCAAGGCUGGUGCAGCAUUGGAGGGGUGGGGGCGGGGUGCUUCAGUGGUAAAAGGGGGACAAUGAAGAGUGAAUCCCAACUUUAAAAACGACAUGGUCGUCCGUGACCUUAAAGACUGCCAUUGCGGUCAGAUGGCAACACGUUUGCCCCAAAAUGGCAGAUCUGUUUCCCCAAGUGUGAGUGUGAUGAAGCUGCCAACAAAAGCACUUGCCAAUAGCAUUGCACUAACCAGGAGGCUUGGGGCUCAGGGCAGUCAGGCUCCAGAUGAAGACAGGACCACAGCUGCAGCAAGUAAUUAAAUUUCAGUUUGUCCUUCGAGCUCUUUCCGCUCAUUUUUCUCCUAGUUGGUACUAGGCCUUCUUUAGAAGGAAGGGAGAGACAGAAGAUGCCAGAAAUUCUCAGCCCCCUGGUUCUUUACCACCGCUGCCUGACGGCCAGCUGGUGAGUCUCUUCACCUGAAGUUCUUAGGCGGCCCGGCCGUUUUGGAGUUUCAGAGUGACAUGUUUGAGAACCAUCAGGGUAAAAAGCUGCACUUUUGAAACACCACCUUGGCCUCGCUGUGUCUCCACCUGCUCUAGGAGUGUUUUGCCCGCCUCAGAAUAGACCAGGUAACCUUGAAUUUCAGGUGUCUGGGAAUUCUAGCCGAAACCAGCCUUUCGUGCUGCUCACAAGCACCAGGUACUCUGAACUCGUGCUGAGUCCAGUGGUUCUUCUGCUCUGUGUUGAGUAACAUGAAACUUGGCAGAGGCCAAGGGCACUAAAGUUCAAGUUCAAGUUCUCAUAUACAUUUAGGCAGUCUCCUCUGCUUCGGGGCUCAGAACAGUUUUCUGAUGCUUUCUACAAGUGUGCAGCUGGUUACCCUGCCCUGCUUCUUGGCGUCAGGUUGAGCAGCAGUGAGAUUAAAGCAGUAUUUUUCCCUUGUGUUGGGAGAAGGGAACACACUAAAUUCCCAGCCCAGAGCAUCAGUCUCACCCUUAAAUCUCACCUUGGCAGCAAGGCACUGCUCCUCACUCAAUGACUGGAUCUCGGAAACCCAACUCCGUAUCACUAACGCCUUCGAAUCAGGGCUCCUGCUGACCACAUGCGGGAUGUGGCAUGAACCACACCCAGGAGGCCUGGCCGAUGGGGGAGUCGGGAGGAAAAUGCUGGGUUCCUGAUGUACAAAUGUAGUUUGGUGUGUGUCCCCCCCCCCCUCCCCCCCCCACACACACCCUGUUGAAUUUUUCCCUGAAGAUUUGAGUUACAGUGAGCUGUGCAUGAACCUGUGGGUUUUUGUUUUUUGGUGACUUUUUUUUUUUUUUUUUGGUGAUGACUCAUU